UAAAACAGCCCCCACACAACUGAACAGAAAAGAAGUUACAAUUUGCCUUAUCAUGUCUUCCGCCACUCUAUCGCUGCCAUUUCCUCUGCCCACAGCGACUUCGCCGACCUGUCAUCGUUCGCGCCAGUUAUCCACCAUAACCUCCGCGGCGGCGCGUCGUCCGCGGCAGAAAGCUACGGUUAAGACUGACAGCGAGCAAAGGCAGAGCAGCAGCAGCAGCAGCUACAGCAACGCCGGUUUCGGGGCGAGCGAGAAGAAGGAAGCACGGUGGCGUUGCGUGGAGGGGUGUGGCGCUUGCUGUAAGCUUGAGAAGGGGCCUUCUUUCCCUUCCCCUGAAGAAAUUUUCACUGACCCUUCACAUGUUGAGGUUUCCUCUCCAUUUUGCUCUUUUGUUCUUUCUGAUUCAUUUAAAAGAAAAAAAAAAAAAGACUUCACUUUAAUUGCUAGGACCGAGUUCUACGCUGCCAUCCAAUGGGUUCAUCCCGCUCUUUACAAACACUACAAGAGCUUAAUAGGUCUAGAUGGAUGGUGCAUACACUAUGAGAAGAUUACUAGGAAAUGCUCUAUAUAUUCUGAGCGCCCAUAUUUUUGUCGUGUAGAGCCAGAGAUAUUUGAUUCUUUGUAUGGAAUUAGCAAGAAGAAAUUCAACAAGGAGGCCUGCAGUUGCUGCAGGGAUACAAUUAAGGCUAUUUAUGGUCCCAAUUCAAAGGAGCUUCACAAUUUCAACAACUCAAUUUGGAGCACUCCUAGUUAGAUCUUUUGGCCCCCUAAAACUCCAUUGCUAAAGCAUUUCCACCAUAUCUAUCUUGCCAAGGAUGAAUACUCCAUGCAAUGCUUUGUUUAGGCCUUUCAGGCAGUCACAACGGCUUCUCCCAUCUUUGAAGUUCGGUUCCCCUGUCGGUGUUAUACUAGCAAGCAGCAACAACCUUGUUUAAAAAUGGCGGGCGUAUUUGUUAGGGGUAAAAAUGGAGUGGAAAUUUUCCCGGAUGACCUCUGUAACUAUAUUCAUAGAGCUCAUCCACGAAGACUUCUACCUAUUCCUACACUCUAUCCAUAGAUACCCUUAAUAUGAUUUUCAGGGAACUGCUUGCUUUGAUUAAUAUGAUUAUAGCAUCCUCUGACUGCACAGAAGCAGCAGUAGCAGAUUCAUAUCCAAAGCUUCAUCUUUUUUUUUUUUUGUGAAUUCUAACUUUGGAGUAAUUGGAAAAGUCCGAACUAGCAACUUAUUUUUUAGAAAGAUAAGUGUAAAAUUAUUUAGAUGAGUCAAGAAUCAAGAUAAAUGGU